GACGGGUGCCUCGAUCGACUUGACUAUUCGGAACUUACGACAACGAAACGAUUGUUUUCGAAUCGAUGCAACGGUUCGAAUUUGAAUUGUGUUUUGUUUUUAAAUAAUUUCGAAUGUGAUUAUGAGUGAUGUGAACGUGGUUUUUGUGGCACUUUUCUUGUGAUUUUCUUUUGUUUAAUAUCUUUAGAUAAGUUUGGAACUUUUUUAUAUCUGGACCGGCUCAAUUUGGCUAAGUUUUUAUCUUGGAGAACGUGCAAUGUUGUUUGGAUUUUCUCCAUGCACAAAAAGUCCAAGGAUUGGAGCAAGUGACAGCCGUAGACAUUCGGGACGCAAAAUUAAAAGCAGUCCUAGCCUUAUUUUUUGCACUAAGUCGGCAUAAACAAGCAGCAAAACAAAGAACCGCGCCAUCUAGUGGAAAUGCUACGAACACAACGAAAACCUCAAACGAAGACGUUUCGCUGAGUUCUGUGCAACGUAUCACAGGUGGCAGCAGCUGCGAUGAGAUUUUAACAGCGUGUGGUAACAACGUCGAGAUGACGACUUUGACGGCCAAUCGGCAGGUGUCGGUGCUGCAGACAUCCAUCCCGCUGCCAGCGUCAGCGGCUGCUGUCCGGCGCGCCCCGCCGGAUAAACGGCCAUUGCCCGCCACGCCAGUGCAUGGUGGCAAGAGUGGACUAUCCGCUAGUUCCAGCCGGUCUACAAGCCCCUUGGGGCAAGGGGCUGUGAGUUUCAUACCUCGCGCACCGACCUCUUCGUCUGGUUCGCGGCCCAACUCGUCGCUUCUGGCUCCCGGUAGUAAGAUCCCGUCCACCCUUCAAAUACAACAACAAACAUCGAACAGUCACAACGGGACACCAACGAAACAUUCUAUGUUAGAUAAACUAAAACUCUUCAAUAAAGAUAAAGUUACCAACGAAAAGCAACAUAGUAAAAGUACUGCAGUUUCAAAGCGGACAAGUUCUUCUAGUGGUUUCUCUUCGGCUAAAAGUGAAAGAUCUGACUCUAGCUUGAGUCUCAACGAGUCAUCAAACACACCAAAUACACAUAUCAAAUCGUCAAAUUUAGUAGGACCCAAAAGUUUAAGGCAACAAAACGAUACAUUAACAAAAGAUAAAUCUGGAAAGAACGUGAAAUCAAAGCUGGUUCAUUCUAAAGCUCCUAAAGAUUCAAUUACAAAUUUAAGUAAAUCUAAUCCCAGAUCUAGUAAUGAAAAAUCAAAAAAUAGCCCAAAGCUGCCGGCCCGUGAUAAGGAAUCCAAGCUGGCGGCACCUAAGUCCAUAAGCAAUACUAAAUUAAAUCAAAUAGACGAUCAGCCAAGAAACUCAAAAUCAAAACUGGAGUCAAAAAUGAUGAAAUUAUCAGGCAGCCAAGCUAAACUCAAUGAACAAAAGUUUGAUGCUUCAGGAGAAUCAAAGGGGCAUGAAAUUGGACAGUCAAAACAUCUACCUCUCCAGCCGCAAACUCCGUCAGGAGGACAAAACUUUGGUGUACCAAAUCACACAGGUAUUCCAAAACCUACAGCAGCUGUAAAAGGAACUUUCAAAACAGCUAAAGAGGAUAGACAAGUUAUAAAUAAAAGUACAAAUAGUCAAUUAAGUCCUAUACAAAGUAAUUCUAGUUUAAAUUCUACUAAUAAUGUAAGUGCACUUCCAUUUAGUAGAGAACAAUCUAGUUUAAUCAAAGAUAUAUCCCAAAAACAAACGCUUGCGGUUUCACCAAUGCCCGUCAUUAGUUCAACCAACCAGACGGGACCCUCACAAAUGUCUGAAAGUUCACAUUCGAAUUCUACCCAUAGCACAACAGGGCAGCAUUCAAAUUCAAGUGAUAGCAGCGUUAUCUACCGUCCAUCUAGUGAGUCUGGAUCUGAAAUGUCGAAAGUUCCCAGUAAUAUUACAUCUAAUAAAAGGCUAGAUAUGAAUACAACAUAUAUAAAUAAUGUUAUAAAUGAAGCUGAGAUUUCGGAAAAAGAAGCUGCACAAAAGCGACUUAUGGACAAUUCUUCGUUGAAACAACAACAGGAGCAUAAUAAAACUUUGACUCAAAUGAAUAAAAAUAUUGAGGGUGGAAGUCGAUCAAGUACUCCAUCUCACGGACGUGACAAUUCCCUUGGUGAAGAUGAUAAUCCAUUGAUGAAUGUAAUGCCAAUGAGACCAUUGCUACGAGGAUAUAAUAGCCAUUUGACACUACCGAUGAGAACAUCUGGUUUAGCGCAAAAGAAUGUGCCUGGUUAUCCGCAUCACGCCAAUACAGUCAAAGCAAAUUUCGGCAGGGAAAACAUUGGAUUGAGGGAGCGUAUAAACUACGGACCUGGAUUUUCUAACCCGGAUUACUGCGACCUUGAAAUUGCCUCGGGUUAUAUGUCUGAUGGAGAUUGCCUUCGGCGAAUAAAUGUAAAUGAUAUGGACUGUAGUAGGAAUAACGACUUGAUGGAUGGAUACAUGUCGGAGGGUGGUGCUUCGUUGUAUGGACGACGAGUAAACUACCAACAGCCUUCGCAGUUCCAACAACUUGAUGAAAGACGUGGUGGAGGCCGCAAUAGAGGAAUGGAGGGUGGCAGCGGUGUGGUGUACCGAGUGGUGGGUCGAUCACGCAGCAAAGCUGACUGCGGACAGCAAACUGACAGACAACCACCGCGUCAAGAUACCACGUGGAAGAAAUACACCGACUCGCCUGGGGUGGGGACUCCGCCUUUGAAUGUACCUGCGCAAGCGCCGCCAAGUCCGUCACAUGGUCGUAAAGGAGAGAGACGUACUGGGCAUCACUCUCCGCAACACCAUAAACGGGAGAAGCUCACUGCUGCACAGCAGCUCGGCAUUGCUCCGCAUCCCCAGUACCCAGUGGCCAACUCUGGCAAUCAACAUUCUUCAAGGACCGGGGGAUCGCAACUGCAGUCUCCCAGCGGUGCGUCUUCGCGACCGUCAAGCGUGUCGAGUGGUGGGAAUGGAAGCAGUUGUUCUAGUAAAGCUAAAGUUCCGCAAAACUUUGGCUAUGUGAAACGACAAAACGGAGUACAGCAACCGUCACCACAGGCUAAUGGACCUCCACCUCACGGUCAUAGUGGAAGGACGGCUCAAGUUUCUGCGGUGCCCCGAACUAAGGUUAAAGUUUCGGGUGGCACGCAAACAUGUACUCAAGAUCUACAAAUUCACAAAAAUGGAAUCGGACCAAAAUCGUAUUCAUUGGGGGGCACUGCUGCAGCUCAAUUAUCAGCAUCGGUGCGAGAAAGACUUUUGGGAUCCCAAUCCUUGCCAAAACCCGGCACACAUGAGUUUGCUGCACUGUUCCAUCAUCACAGAGUCGCGCAAAGAGGUGGGAUCAAGAUCAGUGACGGAAGCCUUUCUGAUACGCAAACAUACUCUGAAGUGAAAUCCGACUAUGGGAUACCCUACGCUCCUUGGCUAAGGCACAGCAACACAUAUUCGGCGAGCGGGCGACUUUCCGAAGGCGAAUCGAUGGAAUCUCUCAGUUCGCUGCAUUCAGCGCAGCACAACCACACCUCCCCUAACUCACACCGCAGCUCACUCACUCACAAUAAGCUCAUCAUGCACCGGGAACAGGGCUCCAGGCUUAACAGGAGCAACAGUAUUAGGUCCACCAAAUCUGAAAAACUGUACCCCUCGAUGCUGCAGCGGUCCUCGGAGAGUGAUUAUGAACCUUACUACUGUUUGCCGGUGCAGUACGGACCGGGUGGCCAAGGUUUAAAUUAUGGUGUUUCGGAGCCUCCGUCGCCGUCUCCGAGAUCCGCCCUCAGCCCCACGCAUCAGCCUAGCAACGUAAUUCACACGCCUAGACAUUCUCACCAUUACCCUAAGAAAAAUGAUGACGUUCACGGUUCUACAGCUUCGUUGGUGUCCACCGCAUCUUCGUUAGCCGCGGGUGCGGGAUCCGAAGAGAGGCAAGCGCAUGAGGUGCGAAAACUAAGACGGGAACUCGCAGACGCCAAAGAAAAAGUACACACACUGACCACACAACUGACAACGAACGCGCAUGUGGUGUCGGCUUUCGAGCAGAGCCUCUCGAACAUGACCCAGAGGCUGCAGCAGCUCACAGCUACCGCCGAGAGAAAGGAUUCGGAACUAACUGAAUUGCGACAAACUAUAGAGUUGCUUCGGAAGCAGUCCAUUCAAGCUGGAUUGACUACAGCGCACAUGCAGUCCAUGGGUAUACGAGCCGAUGGUGUCAAUGUUACUGGACAGCCGGAACCAAAUGCUCAAACACAGCAGUCAUCUCCGCAGCGUAACGCACAAACAGGCAACGGCGCCAUCACUAGACAUCUAUCAACAGACAGUGUAUCCAGUAUUAACAGUCUUAGCAGUGGUUCAUCAGUCCCUCAUGACAAGAAACAUAAGAAGAAAGGAUGGCUCCGUUCGUCGUUCACCAAAGCUUUCUCGCGAAACGCAAAGAUAUCGAAGACGGCCAAGCAUUCCUCCCUCGGGCAGUUGUCCUCGCAAGACAGCUCGUCGGGCUCGCACCACUACGACGACCCGCACACCAUACGGGAAGGCAGCAACGAGAAUAGUUUGGAACAUUCUCACGAAGCUCUCAACGAGAAAGUACAGGACAAAACAACGUGUCCCACUACGAAGCCAGAAGAGCAGACCAAAGAUAAUAAACCUGAUGAGUCCGGUUUAGUGGAUGAACUGAAGAGGCAGCUGCGGGAGAAGGAUCUGGUGCUAACUGACAUACGACUGGAAGCUCUGAGCUCUGCACAUCAACUAGAAAGUCUCAAGGACACCGUCAUCAAAAUGAGGAACGAAAUGCUGAACUUGAAGCAGAACAACGAGCGGUUACAGCGGCUAGUGACGUCACGAUCGCUUGCCGGCAGUCAGAGCUCGUUGGGCACUGGCGGCUCUGCAGUGGAAGACCCGAGGAGGUUCAGCCUCGCCGACCAGGCUACUAUGCACCAGGCGGCGAUAGACAUCCACUCCCAGCCGUUAGAUUUGGACUUCAACUGCAUGACAUCGACCCCUACUAUGGACUUCAAGAAAAACUCCCCAAACUCUACUAUGGUGGAACCUAUAUACGGGAACAAAGCGGUGUGCGAACUCAACGAAAAGAGCGAAGCUUUAUUAGGCGCUUUGAAUGGUUCCAGUGAUAUAUUUACGAAUGGAUUGAACGCAGGCGAGAGAUUGAGCGGGGAUUACGAUAUAAACGCGGUGCUACCUCCUCCUAAAAGUAGAGAAUUAGCGAUAGGUGAAAGUUACUCCGAUAUAGGUGUCGCCGAUAGUCAGGGAGACACGACAGAUGGAAAGAAAAUAGCAAUAGCCGUAUACCUAGGACAACCCGAGACAUUCCAAAGAUACUUCGAAGAGGUCCAAGACACUUUGACCGAAUCCGAAUGCAGGUUCUAUGCGAAGCAAUCAGCGAGUGCAUACAACAACCAUUACGAAAAACAAUCGAGCUUCGACUCUCCACGAAUGUCACAAACGCACAGCCCCGAAACGGAAACUCAAGAAUUCCCGCAAAUAAAUAAAUCCAACACGAAUAGCCUUAAAAGCAACAAGUCAACGCACAGUAGCUCGUACAAAAACGUUUACAACAGUGACUCGACAAUAAACUGCAAUGAAUUCACUAUAGCUUACACAUACAUAUCUGGCAAGACCACUUGGCAGAAUUUAGAUUACAUAGUUAGGAAGACUUUCAAAGAUUAUUUAUCCAGGAUAGAUCCGGGUACGAAUCUGGGUUUGAAUACUGAUUCUAUAACGUCGUAUCAUCUCGGAGAAGCGACUAGAGGCCCUGAGAUCGGUUUCCCGGAGUUAUUGCCUUGUGGAUAUAUAAUAGGCACUGUUAAUACGCUGUAUAUCUGUUUGCAAGGAGUCGGCAGCUUGGCCUUCGAUAGCCUUAUACCAAAAAAUAUUGUAUAUAGAUACGUAUCGCUACUAUCGGAACACCGUAGGGUUAUAUUGUGCGGCCCGAGUGGCACCGGCAAGUCUUACCUCGCCGCGAAACUGGCCGAGUUCUACGUGCAGAGGACGCAACGACGCGGCAAUCCCGCCGAAGCGGUCGCCACUUUCAAUGUCGAUCGGAAGUCUUGCAACGAACUCCGCGCGUAUCUCGCCAACAUAGCGGACCAAUGCAGCGCAGCGGCCGCGGGCGAAGAAGCCGUGCUGCCUUCUGUAGUAGUGCUGGACAACUUGCAACAUGCCUCGGCGCUGGGAGAUGCAUUCGCAGGACUAUUGCCGCCAGAUAACAGGAACAUGCCUGUCAUCAUCGGGACAAUGUCGCAAGCUACCUGCAACACAACGAAUCUCCAGUUACACCACAACUUCAGGUGGCUGCUCACUGCUAAUCACAUGGAACCGGUCAAAGGCUUCCUAGCAAGGUAUCUUCGGAGGAAAUUAUUUUCGCUGGAACUACGGCUCGGGCGGCGAGAGCCCGCGUUAGCAGCAGUAUUGGAAUGGCUGCCAGGCGUUUGGUCGACUCUCAACGCAUUCCUAGAAGCUCACUCUUCCAGCGACGUCACUGUCGGCCCGAGGCUGUUCCUAGCUUGCCCGAUGGACUUAGAAGCCAGUCAGGCAUGGUUUGCAGACGUAUGGAAUUACAGUAUAGUGCCGUACGCGUCCGAAGCGGUGAGGGAAGGCGUCGCUCUCUACGGUCGAAGAAGACACGCGGCCCUGGAUCCCUUACAACACGUGAAAUCCUCAUAUCCUUGGAGGGAACCGAACCAUUCGCACGUCAGUACCUUGAGAGCUAUUACUGUUGAAGAAGUUGGCAUUGAAGAAUCUUCUCAAGAUGCCAACACUAACAACAACCAGGAUCCUUUGCUAAACAUGUUGAUGCGGCUACAAGAAGCCGCGAACUACAGCGGUAACCAAAGCCAAGACUCUGACAACGCGAGCAUGGACUCGAAUCUCACACACGACAGCUCGAUGGGCAACGAGUUAUAAGAUUAAAUAUUACGUAUCGAAUUGAGACUAUUCACGUUGUUGUGAUAUAAGCUUGAACAGCCUUAUUACAAAACGUAGGCUAAAGUUAAAGCUGGAUUAAAACUAAUGCUAUCACUUUUGUUUGCUAAAAAGAAAACUAUGGUGGACAUGAUUCUCUAAACCUAAACUUAAAUUUGACAACAGUAUAUCCUUGUAAUUCUCUAUACAGAAUAAAAAAGAGAGACUGAUGUAAAUUUAGAUUUAAGUUUAGAGAAUCACGCCAGAAUCGACACCAAUGACAGUAUGAUGUUUAAACCAAGACUAACUUCAGUCCAUGUUUUGGAAUGAGGCGGGAAAUGUCCGUUACAAAGUAUCACGACAUUUUAACGUAAUGCCACUUAAUAAUAAAUAUACAUUGCAAUCAAACUAUAACGCGUUGAAAAAUCAUCGAGUUUUUUAACUCGUACGCGUAGAGUAUAACUUCCUGUCUCAUUAUAUUUAAAGCAUUUACACGUUCCUUCGCGUGUGAUCUAUACGAAAUUCAAAGCCAAAUAUUUGCCAUAUGUACAUUAUUUAUUUUAUUUACUUGUACUAUAGUUGUUAUUUUAAUUCGGAAUCUAUGUUAUUUUUUAUUUCUUUUAUUUUAUUAUAAUUCUUUCUUGAAUAAGAGUAAUAUUCAAAUUCUUUAUUCCCGAAAGGACUGUGCUCUGCAAUAUUUGCGUCGAUUGCUAAUAUUCAUUGUGUGAGCAGGAUAUACCUUUCCGUUGAUUCGUUUUGUUGCAAAUUAAUGUAAUUUUUUAACUUCGUGUUAAAAAUCUACACGUAUUCGUGCAGAGAAAUAAUUGACAGUGCCUGGAGCUAUACUUUUCCAUUUUUAUGAAAUAUUAAUUAUGUAAUCCAGAAAUGUAGGACUGUUACUGUUUGUAUGAAGCAUUGUGGCUUUUACUAUUGUUAUAUUUUUUCAAAUUUAGGAUAUGGACCGCAUUUGUAUUACUGUGACUUGUAUGUAAAAUAAUAUAUAUGAAAGUGUAAUUUUUAUACCAUUUUCAUAUAAAAACUCAUGUACCUAAUAAAUACGUUUAGGUGUAAAUAAAAUAUCUUUAAUAUAAUUUUUUUCUAUGCGAGUAAACUAACUGCUAUUUUGCCAUAAACAGUAUAGCGUUACUUUUGUAUAGAAAUGCGUAACAAAUUUGUUACAGUGUUCGGUAUGGAUUGACUUGUGUGCAUAACUAAAACGUGAUAUCUACAAUCUAUGCUUUACUGAAAAUGUGAAAUAAACAUUGAUUAUAAAAUA